AAACCCCAUUUCAUUGCUCCUGUUGUGCUGUGGUGCUGUGCAGCUGUGGAAAAACACGCAAGAUGGGAUUUUUAACGAUUCUUAAGAAGAUGAAACAGAAAGAAAAGGAAAUGCGAAUAUUGUUGCUCGGCCUCGACAAUGCCGGAAAAACCACCAUCCUGAAACGGUUCAAUGGUGAACCGAUUGACCAGAUAUCGCCCACGCUAGGAUUUAAUAUUAAAACACUGCACUACAACGACUAUGUGCUGAACAUGUGGGACGUAGGUGGGCAAAAAUCGUUGCGAUCGUACUGGCGUAAUUAUUUCGAGUGCACCGAUGGACUCAUCUGGGUCGUGGACAGUACCGACCGGAUGCGUAUGGAAUCGUGCCGCGAGGAACUUACGCUACUGCUGCAGGAAGAGCGACUCGCCGGUGCCACACUGCUUGUGCUAGCCAACAAACAAGAUCUGCCCGGAGCACUGACGGCGAACGAGAUCAAGGAGAUACUGCAGCUGGACAAAAUCGAAACACACCACUGGUCGAUACAGAGCGUAAGCGCCGUGACGGGUGGCAAACUGGUGGAAGCCAUCGAUUGGCUAGUGGAAGAUAUAUCGAAACGGAUUUUUACGCUGGACUAGUUGCUCGUUGCUAAACGCCGUUAAUUGAUUAGCAUCCACGGCAUUGUAAUGUUUAUUCGCUGUGAAAACUUAAUCGCGCGUGGCGCUAUUCCAGAUUCGAUUCUUUGUUUUAGCGUUCAUCUUAUCGCUGGCACUCAGUGGUGUUAAGUGGGCUGCAUCGACGAUGUUUCUGUGCGUGAUAAAACAAAUUAAAAUUGGCUAGUGGCAUUAGCAAUACGUGAGCAUUCAGUACAUUCGGGACUUACUUGAAAUCGUCGUAGUUUUUCGAGGUUAAUACCGCCCGCAACUUGGCAUCGUUCCGCACGGCAUACAGCACAUCUUCCCGAAUUUGUUCCAAACAGCGUACCUCUAGUGCGAUUAUAUCGUCACGAGUAAUUGUACCAUAACCAGCUGCGGAGAUGGCAAACAUUCUUCGCGUUUAAACAAAUGAGCGAAAAUAACACGAAAACCGUUGCCCAUGGCAACGACACCAUUGCAUAGCAGGGUUACUGCACUUUAGUAAUCAAUCAACUGACACACAAAUGCAAGGAUCUUUGUCAUAUGUAUUUAUAUAUCUUCAUAUGUUCUUACAAGCGAAAUAUACCGCACUAUCGAUGGUAAUUAUAAG